UCAACCUGGUUCUGGAACCUUCUCCGCUUGCUCUCUUGUGGCCAUUUGAUUGAGCAGAACCCACCACCAGAAUCUGUCCAUAGCUGGGUCCUGAGGCCCUGGAGCUAUUUUUGAGAGAAUAGAUAGCCAAGUCCCUGGGGACCAAGACAGUUCUGCUUGGUCCCUGCUGAGCAGAGAAGAGACAGGUCAGCUUUAUGUGUUUGCAUAACAGCCUGAGUGUUGCUAACAGCCCCUUUGGGGACUAUACACCUCAAGCAUGGGAUGUGGGGGUCACUGCCCAUUCACAGUGGGAGGUGAGGGCAGUUGGCUGCCUUCCAAUCCCAGUGUGGAGUAGGUGGCUUGUCCUGUGGUGUGGCUGGACAGUUUUACCAUUGGCUUCCCCUUCCUGGCCAGACUGACCCCAGCAAGGGCCAAGCAGAGCACAGAAGAGGCCAGGCAGCCUGUUGGUAUGGAUACAGUUCAGCUUGGGGGGCCUGUUCAAGAACGUGGGGUUUCAAAGAUGACCUUCAGAGCUGCCUCGGCUGGUACCAGUUCCUUCUGAGAGGGUGAAGUGCCAGGGCAUCUGUUGCUCAGUAGCACCUGCAGCCCUUUUCUUUUUUUGCACGGUCUGUGGCUGGAGACCAUGUUCUUGGGGAUUAUUUCUGGGACAGUGAGACUUUCUGGAAUUGGCAGAUGUGAGGGUCCCUGCACUGAUCUGGUCCCCCACCCAUCCCCAAAUUACCAGCUUCUCUCUCCUAGGAGAACAAAGGGUCCGUGGAAAUCAUGAGAAAGGACUUGAAUGAUGCCCGGGAUCUGCAUGGCCAGGCAGAGUCGGCGGCUGCUGUGUGGAAGGGGCAUGUCAUGGACCGCAGAAAGAAGGCCCUGACUGACUACAAGAAGCUGCGGGCCUUCUUUGCUGAGGAGGAGCAGCACUUUCUGCAGGAGGCUGGGAAGGACGAGGGUGUCCCAGAGGAUGAGCAGGCUGACCCAGCUGAGCGGUUCCAGUCCUUGCUGCAGGCGGUGUCGGAACUGGAGAAGAAGCACCGCAACCUGGGGCUCAGCAUGCUGCUGCAGUGAUGGCACUGGCCCAGCAGGUGGGUCCCCAGAGUGAGAGCAGAAGGCUCUACCUUCCACACCUGGCCUGCAGCAGCCCCACCUGCCCCACCCCUCGGUCCCUCUUCCGGGCAUCACCUUCCAUCCUGGACGGAUCCUCAGCUCCACUGGCACUGACAGUGCUUGGGCGUGGGGUGAAGCAUUGUAGGUGCCCAUACCUUUGGUGUGCAUCUAGUUCCAAGUCUCAACAAAGUGUCAUUUCAAUUUUCCCCAGGGCGUGAGUAUGUUCAGGGAUGUGCCAGUUCUUAUCAAAAGCCAGCCUUGGGACACACUCCCCAGUGUGUCCCAGCCCUGGCCUUGUUGUUCCAUGGUCCUGUUCUCCAGCUGGCUACGGCUUGGGGCCUGGUGUGUGGGCAUCUGGCAUCAAGGGCACCAAGCACUGCACCAUGCCUAGGGCAGGCUGCUCUGUGAACCUUCUUCCCUUCCAGGGGGCUGGACACCUUGGCAGGGCCCUGGGACACACCAGGAAGGUCACAUUGAGGGGUUAGCACCAGGGAUGCAGCUCUUGGGGAAGAGAAAGUAAGUGGAGUAUUCUCCACCCUUCCUAGAUUGCCCUUCCUCCCUUGGGGUCCUGGCAGCUCUGCCCUCCACUUCCCCUUCCUGUCCCCUUCCUUCCUGGCUUGUGGCCCUUGGUGCUCACAGACACCUGAACCUUCCUGGCCCCUCACCCCUGGAAGGCCCGUUCUCCCCAGGGUACAGGGGGCUAUGCCAGCCCUCCAGCCCACCCCAUGUUCCACCUUGCUCAUCUUUGGCUUCUUGCUUCCUGUCUCCUCUGAUAGGUGGAUUUCACAAAACUCGUGACAGAACAUGUGGUGUAACAGUAGCGUGGUUGCCCGUAGCAUUGUGUGUAGAUUAGUCCACGUGACAAAACCCAGACCAAGUGAGCAAGAACAGGAGGUCAGGGUGUGCAGAUGCAGAGCAGCUAGGUUUGCCCCAGUGCAUGAGUCGGUAGCUGGGUUGCUGUGAGUGGGGCCCGUUUGGGGAGGAAGUCCCUGGCCUCAGGUGGGCUGACAGUCCAGCCUACCUGUGUGGGCCAGAUUCUGGGUGCCGAAUAAAGUGGGUUUGCUCCAGCCUG